AUGGUAGGAAAUCUUAAUUUUUUUCUUUUUAUUAAAAUUUUUACAAUUUUUUUUUUUUCUUGGAUAUGCCAUUAUCACAAGGAUGAUGUACCUUUUAAUAAGUCUAUUGAUACUAUACGCAAACUAGGAAGGUUAUCAAAUUCAAGAACGGAUCGACUGUUGUCGAAUUAUGAAAUAGACAAGGAAUCUACAAGCGAACAAUUAAAUGAAAGUAAUUUGCUCCAUGUAAAAACCCGGGAAUUAAACAAAAAAAGAGAAGAACAAACAUAUAACAUUUUCAAAAUAAUCGAUUUUCAUUGUGAAAAAAAAAUAUUCGAUAAUAUAUGUAAAAUUCAUAGCAUGCUAAAAGGCAAUAAAAAUGAAAAAAAUAGAAAUUUGAUGUUGGUAUUCAAAAAAAUCAGUAUUAUGUUUGGUAUACCUCUGAUUAUAUAUACUUCAGGAGGUAGUCUUUUACUCCUAAAGCAUGUUUUUGAUAAAGGCUUAAGGCAUUUACCUUUUACAAUAUUAACAUUUACUGCAUUGACAUUCAUCAUGAUUACGUACAUUUACAUAAAGAUUUUAAAGUCCUUGAUUCUACUAGAUGGCAACACUAAACCUAAAUUAAACGAUUAUAUUAAUACAAUUAAACAAAUAUUUAAAUAA